AUGCCGGGGGAAGCGCAAAACAAGUGGGUCCUGGUGGAUGUGGAGCCCAAAUUUCUUGAGUUUUACUACGAGUGCGCAGACAGCGUGGAGACCUUCCUUGAGAACAAAACAAAAGUAAUAAAAAGGAAGCGAUUGAAAAUAAAAAAUAUUUGUACGAAAACGCAGAACAUAAAUAUAUGCGAACCGGAUUGUACGUAUCUUAAAGUUAGAGGAUUAAAAAAAAAAAAAUUGGCUCCUGGAACGAGUGAACAAAUUUUCAUUGAGUUUUCCUUCGACGAUGUGAAUUUUAAAACGAGCAAAAAUGGAAAGAAAAACGACCUCCUAGAUGUAGUAAAUAACGUGGAGUCCACUUCGUACAUUAAUAUAAAGAGUGAAUAUACAACUCUGACCAUCCCGGUCUAUAUAAAAAAAAGCAUACCUGUGUUUUCUUACGAUAACGUUAUCAACUUUGGAGUUUGCAACGUCAAUCGGACGUACCAGUUCGCACUGAGGGUGAAGAAUGUGGGCAAGAGGAAGGGCGUGUUUGUUCUCUCCCUGGGCGAGUCGCCAGGGUCAAGUUCACAACCAUGCACACAACCAUGCGCAGAACUAUGCGCGGAUGAUGAACCAGCGGAGUGUACGCAGAGCGGGGAACACUCAGGCAAAUGCCCCGCUGAAGACAUGAUGGUUCGGUUUGAUCAACAUUCCCUCGACUUGGACGUGGGCGAAACGAAAACCAUCAACAUCACCGUGAGCAGUAUAACGGAGGGAAAAAUGCACAGGGAGUAUAAAGUCAUUUCGAAUCAACAUAGCUACUUCGUGGAGAAGCAGAGAAACAUAAACCUCCUUGCUAUCUUCACCAACAGCCAUACGUCCUUCCUCUUCAACAAUGAAAAAACGAAUCUCGUGAAUCUUCAAUACGUGUAUUAUGGGAGUAAGAAAAAGUACCAGGGGAAAAUAAAAAAUGAAAACAACUACGGUAUAUUUUGCAUCCCCAGAGUGGAUGCCAUCAAUGUGUUUUACUCCAAGGAGGACCUUCAAUCGUAUGAGGUGGCCAAAGGGGUAGACCUGGGCCCGAUAUGCCACGAUGUGUACCUUGAGGAGGAAGAACACUUAAGCGAAGGAGAGAAAAAGGAAAAGGAAAAACUGUUCGCCAUCACGAAGAAGAGGCUAAAGGGAGAGGAAGACAUUGGCGUCAAUUUCUGCAAGGCGGAAGGAUACCCAGUUGAAAGAUUAUCUUAUGAAGCAGUCACAUUUGAGAUUCAUUCUAAGUGUGACGUCGGCCUGUUGCACAGACUCAGCAGGGACACAGCCUACCUCCUCAACUUCCCUGUCGUGGUGGAGUUGUCGCUGCGGGUGGGGCGAUCUCGCCAGGAAACCAGCCAGGCGCAUCGCGCAGUUAAGCAAUUUCACCGCUCCACGAAGCAGGCUCAUCACACAACCAACCAACUUAACCGCUCAUCAAAGCAGCCGCAUGAUGCAACCCUGGACACCGCUCACACGUUCGACGAAGAGGUUAAGGUGUACGUCGCAGUCUGCCUCACCUUCCCCUGCGUCCUCCCCAACACGUACCUUCUAAACUAUAACAGCAUAGCCCCCAACGAGGGAAAAACUCUCAUCCUCGAGUUAAAAAACAGAAAUAAAUUUUUAAAGGUUAAUUAUACCCUUUCGAAGAUACCCCAUUUGACAUUGAGCAAAAAGGACGGGAUAAUCCCCCCUCAAGGAAAAGCAGUCUUGUCUUUAAAACUUCAAAGUGAUAGUAUAACAAUGGUGGAUGAGUACCUGUACAUAUAUUUUUGUAAUAAUUUAUAUUUCAUUGUCCUUCUGAUCAGGGGGAACAUUACUUCUACCAACGCAUUAAGGAAAGGGUCAUCUUCCAUCCUGCUUGACCCGAGAAGGGACUCAUUUACAAGGAACACCCCACAUGGUAAAAACAAACAGAACGAUGACGAUGUAUACGAACGUAUACUCAGCAACCUGGAACUCGAAAAGGUAGACAGGAAUUUUUACCAACUGGAUGGGGAGCUAGACAAAUAUAAGUAUAAUGAGAGGUUCAUAAAUUUUUUAAAAAAAAAUAAAAAAAAGUACAAUGAUGUGUUGAGGCUCAUGUAUGAGGAGAGGAAGAAGUGUGAGCAGGAGUCCACUCGCAGUGGUGCCAAAAUUGCCACCCAAAUGGCGACCCAAAUUGGGACCCGAAGCGGAGGCCCCCCUCACACAAGGGAACAGAUCAUGAAGGGCACAGACAGAAUCUCCACAAUUGUAAAGGACAAAUUUAUAUACAUGAAUGAUCCCCCAGUGGAGCGAAUUUGCAACACAUGCAUUCAGAAGGCGGUCUACGAAAAGGAAAGGAAAAAAUACAUUCAAAUGAAGACACAAAAUUUGAAAAUAAAAAAUGGCCAACAUGCACAAGGAGGGGAACAGCAACCCUACUUACUUCAAUUUGAUAUUCUAGACGAUGAAGAAUUGAACAAAGUGCAAUUCGGAAGGAUCAUCCAUUUUGGUUAUGUCUUUCUGGGAGUAAAUUACACGAAAGAGUUUGUCGUCUUGAAUCGCAAUAAACACUGCAAUGUAAAACUGGUCCUCACUCAUAGUGAUAACGUCACGACUGAUGGGGGUGACCUUCUGGUAGUUGAAAGGGACUCUCACGAAAUGAAAACUGUAAAGCUUAAUAUAAAACGGGAUUACAAAGUGGAAGAAAUGCAUGAGAAGGGUAAAAUGUAUGACCAUAUUUGUUUUAAUGAUGGUGUUAUUCGAAGUAAAGCUGGAGUUGCUUCUACUUCCUUUUUCGAGGGAGACAGUUUUUUAACCGGUGGACGUAUUUGUACCCCCGAUGGAGGACAAACACUCACAGCUCCAUGUACCGAUUCACACAACGACUUUUUCCUCCUCAAAAUGUUUGAAGAGAAAAUUUCGCUAACAAUUAAUGAUUCGCAUAAGAGAGAGGUGACUCUUGGGGCGACUCUUGUCUUUCUCAACGUCCUCGUCAACCCACGCACUCUCCACUUUCGCUUCCGUGAUGAGGACGUCGACAUGGUUUGUGAGCGCCACUUGGUUUUGUAUAACCCGUUCAACGUCUCUCUGCGCGUGGGGAUGGUCUGCAACCGGGCGCGCAUUGCGUUGGACGCAGAGAUCUUGGUACCCCCCAAUUCUCACAAAAUAGUCCCCGUCAAUUUUAUCGCCACGGAAAGUGCCACCAGCGUGGCUGAAACCAUUUGGGUGUACCUGGACGGGAGCAGGCUCUACGAAAGCAUAAAAUGCAAAUGGAUCCCCAACAAGUGCUCUUACAAAGUGACCCCCGCCGAGCUCAACUUUGAAAAUGUCCUCGUAAACAAAAAUUAUGUGAAAGAGUUUUUCUUAAUCAACACGGGAGACUCCCCAGUGGUGUUCCGAUGCAGCUACAAACCCGAUUGUGUCACUGUACUUUCCAAGUACAAUUACGUGAACAAGAAUGAGAGGGUCCAAAUAUCGGUGCUGCUCAAUUUAAAGGAAGGCAAAAAAAUAAAGGACAAAAUUGUACUGGCCAUUAGGGGGGCGUCUGAGUUUUCUCUCCCCGUCAGUGCCAAGGGCACCUCAUCCAACGUCCUCAUCUGUGAAGGUCUGCACAUCGGGCAAAGAACAGGAGAGCUGAAAUGUUACCAAGUUAAAAUAUUGAACAGAGGACCAUGUGAUGAAACCAUCCUCCUAGACAUAUCAUCUCUGCCCAUCCUAAACAUUCAAAUGGGCCACAAAAAGGAAAGGACCUUCUCCUCUGAGUCUAUUGGCAAAGAGUACAAAGAUGCAAGUAAAAUGGAAAAUGUCGUAGCGGUGGAAACGAUUUACAAUGAAGAAUACGAUGACCUCCUAACAGAUGAAUGCGCUAAAUAUUAUUAUAAUAAUUUUUUGAAGCUCCACAAUUUGAUGUCUUCCUUGUACCAAAAUAAAGGGCAAAUUCUUUUUAAAGAUAAAAGAGAAAUAAAAAAUAUGUACAGAGUUCUGAUCCCGUCCAAGUGCUUCCUCUCCUUGUGCAUUCAAUGCUACUCUUCUAAAACGAUGAGGAAAGAAAUUUCCUUCCAGAGUUUGCUCAACCGUAACAGAGUUGCAUACGAAAAAGGGGAAGAGUUAAUAAAAGUAGACAUAGAGGAAGGGCACUUGGAAGUAUCUCCUCCUUUUCUCUCCUUCACUGAUUUGCUCCCACAGCAGGCGGACGAAAUUUACAUUUCAUAUUAUUCGCGAGAGAAGACGAAGAGGUUGACGAUUAGAAAUGUGUUUAGUCAACCUGUGCAGUGGGCAAUCCGGUUGGAUGAGGAGAAGCGCAGGGAAGUCCACAUGGUUAGACACGCACACAGGGGGGUGGUGCACAUGGCUGAAGGGAAGGGAGGAGAGACGGGGAAGAUGAAGAGAGUGUGGAGUGGAACCAAAUCGCGCGAAUCGGAUGAACGCGCAGAGGAGCGCCAAUAUCAAGUGCACCCCAGCAGGGACAGGGGCAUUCUGCAACCACAGGAAGAAACCACGGUGGACAUAAAGUUAAGCGGCUUCAAAGUGUGCGGAAGGUAUGUGGACGUGCUAGAUAUCUCUUCCUCCCUCUUGGGUUCCCACAAUACAAGAAGCAAGGGUGGCAGACAGGAUGGCGAAGAGGACACGACGCAAAAGGAAGACACAGAACAGCAGGUCGUCCAUUUCUCCCUCUACAUGCUCAUACAGUGCGACACCCCGAAGCUUCAGUUCGACGUAGCCUACAUCAACAUAGUCCACAAUAAACUAAACGAUUAUUGUUCCUUCUCCUUCAACAUAUACAGCCGUGGGUACAACUAUGUUAGGGUAAAUGCUCAUUUAAAUAACCUGCACCCAGAAUGUUUCUCCAUCUCCCUUGACUUUCUCAACGGAAAUGAAAUAAACGAACAUGUGGAGCAGCUGCACAUGUCGUUGAAGUGCAAAGCGUCCAGGUGUUUGAAGUUCAAGUCCCACAUCGUCUUGAGCGUGAUGGACCAUGACGAGUACACCAUUCCCCUCUUCGUGAGCAUCGACGAGGGAGUCGACUUCCUGUUGGAGAGGGCGGCCAGGGAACAGUCAAUCGCAGAGUCCAUCGAACAGAUCGGGGAAGAGGUCAGCGAAGAGGUCAACCAACCCCUGGACAAUAGGACGGAUGACUGCCCCCCUGAUGGAGGGAACCCCACCGAAGGCAUAACCAUGGAGCGAAAUAUACAUCAUAUGAACACAACAGAUACUACAUGUGACAAGCAAAACGAACUUUUCUCCUUCUUCUGCAAAAACGUGGAGGAGGAAACAAAAGGGGGAAGAAGCAAUAACGGAAAUGAUAUAUACAAAGGACUCAAAAUUAGUCAAAUCAGAAAUGUGUACUACAACAAGGAAGAGGGAAUGUACCCACUGAAAGAAAUUAUUGGAGAUUACCUGUUCGUGUUUGUGGAAAAAAUUGUGUUACGCAAAAGUUACUUCCCCCACGUGAUUGAAAGCACAAACGAUGUAUUUCUCUUCUUUGUGGACCUUCUAUGCGACCUCUUUUCUUCCAUCUAUCAGAAGAGAACUCUGCAAAAUAUUAUUGCCCAAUUGAAGAAGCAUAGAAGUGUGGUGGUGGGGAAGGAUAUGGAGCGACAAGACUUGUCGGAUGAAGAGUUUACGAAAAAUGUGAAGGCUCUUUGGACGUGCUUGAAGGAGGAAUGCAUCCCAGUAGAGCACAUCAUGUACGAAAAUUUGUUGCCAGCUGAUCUGUACCUGCCCUACGUGUUGGACAAAGUACCGGACUACUUCUACAUUGAAGAAAAGGAUGAGGAGAGCUAUGGCGCGAGCACAGGACACCUCUCCAUGCAAGACAUCGAAUCAUUUUUGCUAAAUGGAAAUAAAAAGGUAUUCUACGUUGAGCAAAUUUUUAACACGCACGUAAGAUUAUUUAGUUACUCCUGGAUCACCAUUUUCCUGGAGAUACUAAACAGGAAAAUGUUUGGCGGAAUCAACAUCAGCUCGUUGAUCAACCUGCGUGGGAUUAAAAUAUACAACAUAGAAAAUAAGCUGAACGAAAAUAUAAAAAUGUGUAAAAUUAGCUACCUGGUAAUACUAGAUGCACAAGACAUGGAGCUAAGCAAGCACGUCUCAUUUUUAAAUGACAAAAGAAGCAGAUCCAGGAGAAAGGAGGCCAGUACCUUAAAAAAACUUCCACUCACUAGCGGUGGUGGUGCUACACUAAAUGUGGUGAAGCCACCUCUGAAUACGCGUGAUCACGAUCAUAAUGGUAAUCUCAAUAAUAGGGAUGACAACAACACCCCACAGAGAAGCGAAAAAUAUGUGCACAGUUAUGUGAAGAAGAAGACGACCAAGGAUAAAUCCUCGUGUGCCAUGAACUACUUUAAUUUUUACGAAAAUAAUUUCAUCGACUUGAAAAAAAUUAUCAACCAAAUUAGAACUUUUUGCUACUCCGGGGGGGCGGAGGCGCAUCCAAAUGGGGAGCACGAACUGGAGAGCGCCGCCAAGGGGAAUACAACCAUCCGGGGGGCGGACAUUUCAAGGGGAGAGGAAACGAACACACCUUUUAAGAAAGACUCGACCAAGGAGGGUGAGAACGUGGCCACAAAAGACGCCACAACAGACGCGCCAAACGGAAUUCUCCACUUCAAAACCGCAGAGUGCAUCCUUUUCGAGUGGCUCUAUUUUCACUACAACAAUGUGUACCACGCGAAGGUGGAAGAUAAGCGGUACAUGUUUAAGGAGGCCCGUGGGGGAGGCGACGAUGAGUUGUCCUACACGAAGGGAGAUCCGAAUGGGGCGCCCAAAGGGGGCACGCAGGAGGAAGCGCACAGAAGAGAAAAUCACAGCGCAAAUGACAACUGCGUCCCAAGUCACUCCCACCAUGUUAGUGCUUCAGAAGAGCUGGACCCAAGUCAGAUACAGAAAAGUCCAAAGAUGAGCAAAAUCAAUUUCGAGGUCAACAUAAAAAAGGAAAAAAAGACAGUGGAAAAAAAGAAAAAAGCAAAAAGCAUGCACGAAUUGAAAGACCUAGUGAUGAUCCUGUACACCAUCAUUUCUCACAUCCCCUAUUACCUAUUCUUUAAAAAUAAAAUUAAAGUGAAGUGCAAAUCAAAAAAGGAUUACAGGCAAAACAUGGACGUUCUACUUUUAAUACUCAGCGAAAUGAAGUUGAGUAACCUAAUCAGUAGAGGUGUGAUCGUGCAGUUUAAUUACAUUCAUAUAUAUUUAUUUUUGGCGUCCCUGUAUUUUAUUUUGCCCAGUUAUUUGCCCAGCUACUACUUGGUCCUGGACGACUUGCCUGCGUACAAGGCUGACUUGGGCUUGAUAAAUGACGAGGUCGUGAACAGCCGGAAGAAGGGCAAAAGUCAGUCGAUGGGUAGGGGGCAGCAGCCAACCAAGGGGAAGCAACCAACGAAGGGGCAGCUACCACCCCAAAGAAAAACCAACGCACGCGCCGAUUGGGAGAACGAAAAAACGGCUUGCGGGGACCAGCAAAACACGGAAGACGAACGGGUCAUAACUGUGUACAACUUAAAUAACCACACAUGUAAAUAUGAGGUAUUUCUCAUCGGCUGCAAUAAAUACCAAAUCGAUAGAAGCUACAUAAACAUUGACCCCCUGAAGUCGGAACAAAUAAAAUUGAAAAUAGACAAGGGGUAUGACGAAAAGGUGUUGAAGUAUAGCUACCAUACUAGCAUUAAAAUUUCAAAUUUUAAGAAAAAAAUACACACAGGGGAUAUUUGUGACGGCGAAGAAGCACACUUUGAGGACACUUGCUCCGUAUCGUCUUGCUCCUCGGAAGAGUGCCAGUGCCCCUCCGACGGGUCCGACAAAGUGGACGCGGGGACUGACGGAGAGAGUCGAGUCAGCCCAGAGCAAAAUUACUCCAUUCUUGUGCUGCGGGCGGAAAGCAAUCGCCUGCAAGACGAAAAGGACAGCGAUAAAUACAUAUGCAUCAAACUUGUAGAAAGGGGCGAAAAGGGGAAGAUCGAAUUGAUGCCCCCAGGCGCUAAUUUAAGGGGGAAGCAAAAUGAAGGAAAUAACGUAAACGCUAACUUAAACAAUGGAGAAACGAAGAGUGAUGUUAACAAAAUGCGAACAGCCAAUUCAUCUCAAUUAAAUAUUAUGCUAAAUGAUAGUGAAAUAAAAUGUUUUAAUUUGAGGGGCAAAGUGUACGAAAGUAAGUGUAUGGAAUUGAAUUUGUUCAAUAACACAGGGAAGGAGGUCGAGGUAAAUUCGAACCUGUAUCACUUAUACGUGAAGGAUUUGAAGAAAGAAGAGAAAAAAGGAAAGGAAAAUUUCGAAGCAGAUGUAGUGAAUAGGUGGGGUGAUGACAAUCUGGGGGUCCACAGCCAAUGCGCUGUAUGUUCCUUAGUUAAUGCAAACUUGAAGAACCACUUGAUGAGCACUCCGACUCAUUUUAGCUGUUUCCAUUUAGAGGACAAGACUUGCUUUAGUUUCCUCCAAAAUGAAAAAAAAAAAAUACAAGUGCAAUUUUGCCCCUUUGCAGAAGGGACUUAUUUCUGCUUCCUUUUAUUCAAUGUGAAUGACAAAAAGACCAACUACGUCGUGUCGGCAUGCAAAGUCAACUGCUCCUUUAAUAUAAAUAAUGUAAAGGAGGAAGAGAUCAUAAAAAUGAACUCCACAAUUUUUAGCUUUUCUAUUCAUUUAAAAGUUUGUCCUAUAAAUAAGGAGUUCCUCAAGUGUAUAAAAUUCAUCCUUUGUAAUUUGAACCAUCUGAAGGAAAGCCAUUUUUUGUCUUACUUAAAAAGUUACUUAGAGGAUAUACAUAAAAGGAGGGGCCAUUUUUUUGUCAUGUGUGAUAAGGAGGACAAAAUGAUCAUUGAAAAAGGGUUCGCAACGUUUGGCCCCCUUGAAUGCGAUAAGUACUUACACAAAAGCCAGUAUAAUUCUGACGCAGUAGACAUAGAGCAGUUAUACGAACUGGUGAAGAAGGAGGUCAAUUAUACGUGCACUCUACGCAUAACAGAGCAAAGUAAGGGAGUGUUCGAAUACAAUUGCGCUCUCGUAAGGGGGAAUGUGUCUCCAAAUAAAAGUCAGUUAUCGUCCUAUGAACAGAUGAGAAAAUCAGACAUCAAGGAUGUGAAGGAGAUAUGUGACCCUUUCUACAAAGUGUACAAAAUUAUAGCAAAUGUGAACGAUGCAAAGAGUACCCAAUCUUUAUCCAUCACAUUUAAGACAAGUGCAUUUCUUAUGGCUAAGAAAAACAUUCCUUUGUAUAACUACACCAAUGGGGUGGUAAGGUACAGACGUGUGUACUCAGAUGUAUUGGACGAGAAUAAUAAAAUAAUAAAUUAUAACAUUUUCAGCUGCCCAGAAUAUAUUGAAAUAGGAAGAGACGUUGAAUGUGUCCAAUUUGAAGUGAGCUGUUAUUCCAUCAUCGCGUUGACAUGCUCCUGCUGCAUCACACUUUACAAUGUUAAUAACGAAGAGGAACAGAUAAAGAUAAACAUACAAGCAAAUGUUAUGAAGCCCUACCCAAAAGAUACCCUCCACUUGAAAAUACUAAAUAGAAUGAAAAAAACAGUACAAAUAGAAAUCUACAACGACCUCAAUUCCCCAUGUGAAUUUAAAGUGUAUUCAGAUUUGUCCAUCCUGUUUGGUGUGAAGAAAAUACAAAUGCUUCCAAGACAGAGGAAGGCAUAUACGUUCUACGUCACAAGUGCACACAUAGGAGAAUAUAUGGGGUGCAUCAUUUUUAAGCUUCACAAGUUACUUCGUGCAGGUGGUGGAGAAGAAAAAACGAGGGAUGCCUUCCUCCCAUUUCAGAACUACUUCUUCUGGUAUAAAAUAAAUAUAACCGUUGAGUUGAAUAAACCAUUGAAGAUUUUAUUUUUGGAAACCAAUGUAGGUGAGGAAGUUAAAAAAGAAAUUGUUUUGAAAAAUAAUGGUAAAGAGAAUGAGGAUUAUUUUUUGCUUGCCUACAUGAAUGAGUACAUUGAGAGAAGACAGGUCCAGGUCCCCAAGAAUGACAUCUACGUGUAUAGCAUUAAGUACGCUCCGAAAAUUCCAAACUAUUUUAAUGAAGGUCCUAAUGGGGGAAUUGCCCCUCAGGAGGUGAGUGGUUCUGGUGAGGACAAGAAUUCAACCGUGCAGAGGGAUCUCCAAAAUUUUUACUUCCCCCCGAAUGGCGACUCCGAUUGGUGUAGCGGGCCCGGGGGGGAAAUGUCCAGCUGCUAUGGGGAUGUGGAAAAGAGAGGAGGAGACGAAUCUGAUUACGUAGAUAAAGACACACCGGAGAUAGUAUCCCCUAACCAAGGCGAUGCACUCAAGCAGAAACAUAAACCCUUUCCCCCAAAUGAGAAAAAAAUAUUCGAAGAGCUGAUCAGCUACUGCAAGAAGUACAUUCAAGUAGAUAUUAGGUACAGGCCCCAAAACAUAGGGUUCUUUUUUAUAUACAAUAAAAAUGAAGGAAUCAAUUAUUACAUCCUCAUGUUGCUGUCUAGUCCUGCUUCUUACAUUUGCACAUCGAGUUUAAUGACCAGGACAAGCGAUAUGUGCAGCUGUUGGAAGGGAUGGGGGACCCCCCCCGAUCACAAUUAUCAUUGUCAUUAUCAUUAUCAAAUUGUGGAGGGGGGGAGGUGUCCCCGGGGGGGAAGAAAUGCUUUAAUAGGAGAGAGUUCCAAACGAGGCCAUGUGCACACGUGUCGCUCUUACCAACCAUAUGAUGAUGAAUGGGUGGAGGAGGUGCAAAGGGGAAAUGCAAACAACUAUGCAGGUGCCCCCAUUUAUAAGGACAACUCAUGCAGUGAGAUCGCAGCGGACCAGGUGAAGCAUGAACUCAAAUGUAUUUACCUAAGCAAUAGAAGUAACUUCUACAUCAUGAACCAUAAAGAUGUAAGUAGGGUUGUUCUAAAGUACAGGCCGACGGUGAGUAUGUCCCAGGAAUGCUACAUCAUCAUUAGGAGCAACAUGUACGGGGACUUCCUGUACCGGAUCCAUGGAACAUACACAGUGAAGAGAAAAAUAAAAGAAAAGAUGGUCUUCUACAACUCUUGCUGUUUGUACAAUUUUAAUGUAAAUCUGUUUAACCCCUUCAAUUGUAAAGUAAGGGUAAAAUGUAGGCUUAAGGGAGAGGAAGGCACAAAGCAGUUAUGUAAUAGAAGAGAUGGUGUGCAGGGAGAGGAAGAGAAAAGUAUGGAUAGGCAUUGCGUCACUUCGUUCCAAAAGGAGAGAAUUAUACUGAACAAUGAAAGAAAUUACUUAAAGAUUAUGAAUAAAGAAAAUUUUAAAAUAAAAAUGAGGAGACACUUUACCAUGAUGAUGACGUACUUUUGCAAAGAGGUUUAUUCUAGGACCACGGUACUCAUAGUGAUGAAGCCAUUUCGCACGGAUGAGACUCGUCGAGACGCUCCUCCGAUUAUUACCUACGAAUACGAUUUUGUGUUUAACAAUUUGUUGAGGGGUGGCAGGAUCCAGGAUGCGGUGAAGUGCAUUCACGCCGCGGGAGGAAAUUUUACGAGGGGGCGUUCCGAAGGGGGCGAUUCGGAAGAUGACCCAUCAGAAGAAUCUGACUCGAGCCACACCUCACGCAGUCCCUCUACAGCCAGCGAACGAAGUCAUUUCACUCUCAACGCAAGCGACUUGGGCACAGCGGACGUGUUGGACGGGGAGCUCAAAUUGGAAGACGCAUGUACAAGCCAAUUGGAGAAGCACCACACGUGCUGCAGUGGCCCCGGCGAUAAGGCGCUAUGGUGUCCUAAUCAUUACGACGUAGGGCAUGACGCGGGACGCGACGUAGAAAAAGACGUAACGCGCGAGAGAGUUCUCCCCUGUGCAGCGGACAAUAACGAGGUGGUGCACUACGACGGGAAAAUAUUCAUCGAAUGCAUGUGCAGAAAGAAGACGUGCGUACAGGUGCACAUAGAUAAGGCCAAGAUGCGGGCAGGGGUAACUUCCCCCCAGGGUGUGGACCAAAUGGAAUGGAAGCAGCAGGAGAGGAAUAAUAAUGUGCUCCACAGGAAGGUUCAAAGGGGAAAGUAUAAAUAUAAAAUAUUUUUAUUAAACGUGAAAAAUGUACGUAAGAGCUUAGACAACGUUGAGGAUGACGGUGGAGGUGCCACAGUCGGGAUGGACGUAAAAAUGAAUACUCUCCUUUUCGAUGUGAGUGAGGGACUGCUAAAUGAUUACCUGUACGUCCACAUUGUGGAGGACACGGAUGCGCAUCUCGUGCUGACUUUGGACCUGCUGGCCUUUCUUCCCUUCCACUGCACCUUUGACAUUUUGGUAAGCAGGACGGAGGGGGAGGAAGCAGUGCAUGAAGGAGAAGAAAAAGAAGAAACGGACAAAGGAGUUGAGGAAUCCUUCGCGGGAGAACCCCCCAGCAGACACACCACCCUUGACCAAAAUCACAUCAGCGUAGAAAUAUUAAACUGCAUGAACGUGUCGAGACAGUACCUUAACAUCAACGUGGAUGAAAAUUUAUGUGGAGAGACAAAGCUUAACAUUUUUUAUAAUCACACAAGGGACUCCUAUUUCGACGCAUAUGUGGUUAGGCACAACGAGCUGAAUAGCAGCGGGCACUUGAAGGAUGACAUUUUGAACUUUGAGGUCAAGCCUAAGUGUGGGAUUUUGAAGCACGGCAGUUAUAACAAAUUCUUCAUUACAAGAACGAACAAGAAUGGAGCUUUAUCAUUUAACAAGUCCUUUUUGCUUUUAAUUAAAACGGAGCGAAAUGUCUUUUCGUACAUGGUCUUUUGUCAUUACAGGGCGGCACCCAGCAAUGCGCUCGCCACGGAGGAGCAUAAUAAGAUAAAGGAGAUCCUCAACGAGAACAAGAAGAAGUUCAGCGUCCUCUUCAGUUCGUUCAAGCAGGAAAAGAAAGAAAGUAGUAUCUUCAACCAGAAGAACCAGAUAAUCAUUGAAGACAUUUCAAAGUCGACAAAUGAAAUCAGAAAUGCCUAA